AUGUGUGUUACAAACUGUACUGUAACUGCCCCAGUGACGUCACAUCCGGUUGUCUACAGUUUUGUGAUGAUCAAGAAUAUCGUCCAGACCACCAACAUGUGUAUAGCUGUGUUUGGCAUCCUCACAAAUCUGUGUAACGUGGAGAUAUUUCGGCGGACAGGUAUACUGGAAAGUGCGACUUCAGUCACUCUGUUUGCCCUCACAGUGGCUGAUCUCUUCUCCCUUGUACUUUUUCUUGUGAAUCCACUUCUCAGGUUCCAGAUAGGAAUGUCUUCCCCUCUCAUCUACACGCUCUACGUCCAGGCUCUCUACAGUUUCCAGAUGACCUACAAAAUGUCCACCUUCUUCACAGUCUACCUCACGGUCCAAAAGUGUUGCUGCGUGGCGUUCCCGCUCAAGUUCAAAUUUAUUUUCACAGGCAAAAAAGUCCUGGCCACCCUGCUCGUUCUUACACUAGUCUGCUUUGCCUGUUAUGCUCCUCUGAUUCUCACCGUCAGAUUUCGGUGGGUAUUGAACCCACGUUUGAACAAAACUGUAGUAAUUCCGAAUUUUGCACCAUAUCGGCAGACGAUAGUGAACAUUGUGUACCCCCUGGUCUUUGCCGCAGACCCAACCGUCUCCCAAGUCGUGGUCAUCAGCUGUCUGUUUGUCCUAACCGGCAAACUCCAACAGGCGACAAAGUUCCGAAUGACCUCGGAGUUGCCAGGCAGCAAGGAGCCGUCCAAGGGGGCGCAACUCUCCGGGAAAGAGCUGAGGGCGGUGCAGUCGGUGGUGAUUGUGGCCGCCAUGUUUGUCGUCUGCAAUCUCCCCAGCGUUCUCGUCAUGUACGCCUCCUAUGUGGAGCCAGAGUUCAACGACCUCAGACAGCUGGGAGAAAUCUACAGUCUUGUGGGACUGCUCCGAAUCUCUCUGCUUCUUCUCUGCUCCUCUCUCAACAUGUUUGUCUACGUCACUUACAACUCCAGCUACAGACAGCAGCUGGUGGCUUUGUGGGGGAAACUUGGCGCAACACGGAGUCUGGGCGAGCCAGGGGGGAAAUAG